CGAGGAACGAGUUCAAGAGCCUCUCCAUGCUCCAGGGCCUCGGCAGAACCAGCCUCCUCCACCCGUGAGCCAUGAACAAACGAAAACUGAGUUUAAAAUGGUUCGGCAGCCUCACCAAUCUCUCCACCCGCCGCCAGCCAGCCAAGGCCAACAUCAAGGCUUCCCUGGAGCCUGACGGGAGCCUCUGUGGGGCCAAACUGGCAGCAGAGCUGGGGGACAACUCGGUGGACGACCUGGAGUCCUGCCUGCGGAACCCGAGCUACGCCCGGUCCAGCGACAUGUACACCCACGUGGGCACCGUGCCUCGUAGUGAGAGGCAGAAGAAGAGCAGCAGGGGGCUGAAAGACAAGAAGAAGAAGAAGGAGGAAGGGAUGAACGAGGGGCAGAGCAGGAGGAAGGAUCACGUCCGAGACUCCCCCCUGCUCAGCGCCCUGUCCAGCCUCAGUCUGAGCAGCAUGGAGCUGCCCCAGCCAGGCCCGGCCCGGCCGCUGCCCGCCACGCCGACACCCAGCCGGGCUUCACCUCCCAGCAGCAGCUCUGGGGGUCCUCCAGUGGAGCACCAUAGCAGCCAGGAGGCUUUGACGAGCAAACAGAGUAGACAAGAAACCGCAAACAUGGCAGCUAAAGGCCCGCAGGACCUGUACGUACCGAUGGACCCGAUAUCUGAAACCGAGAGGCAGCGAGGCGUCACGUGUUCUCAGGAGGAGCAGAGCGUCGACAGGCCUCGGGAGGCGACAGACGGCGGCGGAGAAUACGUGAAGUUCUCCAAGGACAAGUUCUGGCUGGAGCCACCACCGGAGCAGCUGAAGAAGCAGCUGGAGGAGGAGCUGAAGCUGAGCGGCAGCGACCUGAAGAGCCACGCCUGGUACCAUGGAUGCAUCCCCUGGGAGGUGUCAGAGAGUCUGGUGGUGAACCACGGCGACUUCCUCAUCAGGGACUCUCAGUCCAGUCCGGGCGACUUUGUCCUCACCAGCCACUGGGAGCAGAAAACCCUCCACUUCCUGGUUAAGAAGACGGCGGUCCAGUCCUCGGAGACGUACACCCGGGUGCAGUACAGCCUGGAGGCCGAGGCCUUCGACUCCCUACCCGCCCUCGUCCACUUCUACGUGGGCAGCCGGGCGGCGCUGACCCUCUGGAGCGGAGCUCAGAUCCAACAACCGAUCAACAGGACACUGCCGCUCAGCUACCUGGAGACGACCUUCAGCACCGCUGGCAGUCCGCCAACGAAAGAUGGCAGCGUGGGAGGAGAGGAGCGGGUCUGUCCGAGGAGUCCUUCCUCUCCCCACCACAAGGAGGCAGAUGUUGACAAGCGGCAGGACGACCGGAUGGCUGCAGAAUCCUCCAUUUCUACUCCAGACAACCACACCUCACAGUCCACGAGUCCUGGCAGCAACCGAGCCGCCAGCGUGGCCCCGUCCCCGUCGCUCUCCGGGCGCUCGGAUGCCGGCCGACCGCUGCCCUCCCCCAGCAGCACCCUCCACCGACGGCACCAGGACGGAUCGGACUCCUCCUCUGACCCGGAUGGAAGCUGCUACACGGAGCUGUACCCAGGCCCUCAGAGCUACGUUGAGCGACUCCGGGCGGAGGAGGGUCCCUCGCCGGGCGUCGACCCGCUGAGGGCGGAGGACGGGAACGUUUACUUCUCACCAGUGGUGGAGACGGUGUCAUGCUUUAGGCCCGGCAGGUACCAGUCAGCGCUGAUGCCCAAAGAGAACAAGCCGCUGGAAGUGGGCAUCCUGCGGAGGGUGAAGGAGCUGCUGGCCGAGGUCGACCCCCGGACGGUGGCCAAACACAUCACCAAGGCGGACUGCGUGGUGGCCAGGAUUCUGGAGGUGAGUCCGGAGGUGCAAAGGAUGAUGGGAGUUAGUUCAGGGAUGGAGCUGCUCACGUUGCCACAUGGACAACAGCUGAGACUGGACCUGCUGGAGAGGUUUCAGACGAUGGCGAUCAUGUUGGCCGUGGACGUGUUGGGCUGCACCGGGUCGAACGAGGAGCGCGCCGGUCUGCUUCACAAAAUCAUCCAAGUCGCCGCCGAGCUCAAGAGCACCAUGGGCAACAUGUUCGGCUUCGCCGCCGUCAUGAGAGCCUUGGAGCUGCCGCAGGUUUCCCGUCUAGAACAGACCUGGACGGCGUUACGGCAGCGACACACAGAGGGCGCCAUCCUCUACGAGAAAACUCUGAGACCCUUCAUGAAGAGCCUGAACGACGGGAGAGAGAGCUGCCCGCUGUCCAGCACCACCUUCCCCCACGUCCUGCCCCUUCUGACGCUGCUGGAGAAGAGCGCGGCGGUGGGCGAUGGGUCGGAGCCCUGGGAGACGGUGGAGGCCGGCGUGGACGUGGUCAUGUUCCACCUGGGGGCAGCCAGGACCAUCGCUCAGCUGGGGGGCAUCUACCGCUCCAACGCCGAGAGCAAACUGCAAGGUUUCCAGGAGCAGGCCGACGUCCUGGAGCUCUUCCUGACCGACUUCCAGAUGAGGCUGCUGUGGGGCAGCAGGGGAGCCGAGGAGAACCAGGCGCUGAGGUUCUCCAAGUUCGACCAGGUCCUGACUGCCUUGUCCAACAGGCUGGAGCCGCCGGUCCGAAGACACUGACCCCCGGACCUGCAUGGACCGAGCAGCUGUCGUGGUUUGCUCAAAUAUGGACAGAACCGGACGUUGAAGGACACUUGAAUCCCGAAGCUGAGCUCUGAUUGCAGAACUUUUCAGUAACUUUGAAUUGUUGUGACUUAAAGCUGCAAGAGAAAAAGAAACCACUAACUGCAGGACGAUGGAGCCACUGGAGGCCAAGAUGACUUCACUUUUAACCGAGUGUCAGCGCACCACUGUCAGAAAUGUACUUUAUCCUGCCGGCGUCUUCUAUUUAACGCAAAGGUUUCUCACCUGGGAGCUUCUUUCAUCCCACAGUGAGGCGUGUGAAUAUCAGUGUCAGUAUGUGGUUUCCCUGAAGCCUCCGUCUGGUAGCUUCCUGUACGAAUGUCUAACUGAAGGCUGGACCUUCUAUAACCAACAUAUCACACUGUACCACCCAGUAACAGAAUAAUCUAUAGCUCCAUUUUUAUUGUAUUGUGUUCAUCAUCGUGUGCUAGUUUGUUAGGACUUUUCUAAUUUCAAGUGAAUAUUUAAAGUAAUAUGAGUCGGUUCACCUUAUUUUGGAGUAAAGUGCAGAGAGAGUUUCUGAUGUCGUACGUAGUGUUCAUGUCUUGUAUUUAUCAGAAAAUGUGAACUGUAAAUAAACAUGUUUACCUCACUGGAAAACCAGUUCA